AUUCUGGUAAAACGAAACCGAAACAUUCCUUCAUGAAGUACACCAUAAAUUACAAGAACUUCCUUAUUUCGUUUUUGUUUAGAGUCAGAGCAGCUAACCUGCCGGAACUGAUUUACCUUUUAAUUUUACCUUUAAUUGUUACCUUUUACCUAAACUAUAUUUGCUAUUUAUAUAGCAGGAUCACGAAUUAGUAGAAUAUCGUCCCGAGUAGCGUUAGACAGCACUUUGGCCGAUGGCGGACUCGAUGUUCAUAGUGGCUAUAGACUUCGGGACGGCUUACAGCGGCUACUGCUUCUGUGUCCGCAAUAGUCUCGAUAACAUUAGAUCUGUGUUCUGGGGACAGGAGUUGGGGUUCGGGUCUCCGAAAACACCGACCUGUAUCUUAUUUGACGAGCACGAACAAUUCCAGAAGUUUGGAUAUGAAGCAAUGAUGACUUACACCAGGUUAAAAAAGGACGGAGCCAAAGAGUACCUUUUUCUAGAGAAUUUCAAAAUGAACCUCUAUGGCAAGACUAUCAGUAGGAAUCUGAUGAUUACUGCAGCAAAUGGGAAACCUUUAAGGGCCCUGAAGGUUUUCUCUGAGAGCCUGCGGUACCUGAAGGACCAUGCCCUGAACACCAUCCAGGGGCACACUUCUGGAAAGAAGUUCAUCUCCUCAGAUGUGACCUGGGUGCUCACUGUACCUGCUAUCUGGGACGCUGCAGCCAAGCAGUUCAUGAGAGAGGCAGCAACUCAGGCUGGUCUGGUGUCAGAAUUGAACUCUGACCAGCUGAUCCUGGCUCUGGAGCCGGAGGCGGCAUCAGUGUGGUGUAAACAGCUGCCCAGUGAGGGCUUUGUGGCUGAGGGAGGAUCUGAAGAUACCCUGGAACAGAAGUCUGGAACUCAGUACAUCGUUGUUGACUGUGGGGGUGGUACCAUUGACAUCACUGUGCAUGAAGUUCUAGAAGGUGGAUACUUGAAGGAGCUGCAAAAGGCUUCAGGAGGGGACAUGGGGGGAGAAACUGUCAAGGAGAAGUUCAAAUCCUUCCUCAGAGACAUUUUUCUUCAAAUAUGGGAUGAGUAUGUGAGAGAGUAUCCAGCUGAACUGCAGAAGAUGAUGUAUGAUUUUUCUGUGCAAAAGUCUGUUGGAGAGGACAAAGACAUAUAUAUUUCAUGCCCCUACUACUUGUCAUGUUUAGCUCAGAAAGAACAAGAACUGUCCAGUUACUUUGAAAAUGUUGAGGGUGUUCUCUGGUUCGAUGGAUCCAUCAAAAUCACUUACAAAAAACUACAGUCAUUCUUUGAAGAAAGUGUAAAUAGCAUUGUAAGUGAAAUUCGAGCCAUUGUUUCUACUCCAGAAAUUAGCAUAGACUACAUUCUCUUAGUUGGAGGCUAUGCUUCCUGCAAGUACCUGCAGAAAGAAAUCAGAAUGGAAUUUGGUCGAAGGUGUAGAAUCCUGUGCCCCAUAGAUGCCCAGAUGGCCGUCGCCAAGGGGGCCGUGCUGUUUGGAAACAACCUCAAGAUAGUGGCAUCACGAGUCAGUGCUCUGACAUAUGGGAUUGCUAUGGGUGAAACUUUUGAUAACACAAAACACAAGAUGGAGAAGCGCAGAGUAAAUAAGAAAGGAGAUUAUGUUUAUUGUGAUGAUAUCUUCAAGAGGAUGGUUCAGAAAGGUCAGUCAGUCAAGUGUGACGAAGUGUCACAUCAUUACUUUUAUCCAGUAGAUGAUGAUCAGACUUCAAUGAGAUUCCGCUUUUACAGCACAGAGAAACUAGAUACCAUGUAUGUAGAUGAACCAGGCAUGAAGAAUAUUGGCUCCUUCUCAGUUCCAAUGCCAGACAUCAGUCAGGGAAGAGACAGAAGCACCAGGUUUGAUAUUAAAUUUGGUUUAACUGAGAUCCAGGCCACAGCCACUGACCUGACAUCGAAACAAUCUCGUUCAAUCAGACUUGACUUCUUGACAAAAUGAGGAAUUAUGUGCUUUGGAUGGAAGAAAUACAUUAUAAAUUGAUAAUAUUGGCUUUAGGACAGUCAUGUUCUUGACAGAAAACUGAAAUUUUUAUCGUCUGUCUGGGGGUGGCAUGCUGGUACAAUGGUUAGCGCUGUCGCCUCACACCACUGGAACCUGCGUUUAAGUUCUGCCACGGUUGCAUGUGUGCGGAAUUUGCAUAUUCUCAUUUUGUCGUCAUGGGGUUUCCUCCCUGUACUCCAGUUUCUCACCCCCCACAGUCCAAAGACAUGCUGAGGUUAAUUGGAGUUACCAAAUUCUCCAUAGAUGUUCAUGUGUGAGUGAAUGUGUGUGAGUGAAUGGCGUGUGAGUGAAUGGCGUGUGAGUGACUGGUGUGUGAGUGAAUGGUGUGUGAGUGAAUGGUGUGUGAGUGACUGGUGUGUGAGUGAAUGGUGUGUGAGUGAAUGGUGUGUGAGUGAAUGGCGUGUGAGUGACUGGUGUGUGAGUGAAUGGUGUGUGAGUGAAUGGUGUGUGAGUGAAUGGCGUGUGAGUGAAUGGUGUGUGAGUGAAUGAUGUGUGAGUGACUGGUGUGUGAGUGAAUGGUGUGUGAGUGUGCCCUGUCAGGGGCUGGCACUGCAUCCUGGGUUGUUUCUUGUCUCGCACCCAUAGCCUACAGGAAAGGCACCAUACCUCCUGUGACCCUGAGUAGAACAAAUCGCUAUACAGAAAAUGGAUGGAUAGAUUAUCUAUCUUUGUGUUCAUUGUAUGCAUGUUAUUUAUGGCUGUCACGAUCAUGACAUUUUAGUUGACGAUUAAUUGUUAUAUAAAUAAUUCCCAUUAACGAUUUGCUUUUAAGCUUUGUAAACAAAAAUUGUACAGGCCUGAUAUGACAUUAACAAAUAAAUGCCUCAAAAUAAAA